CACCUGCACCACCAGGGGCGCGCCGCCUACACGCUCAUUCGGCCGGCGCAGGAGGGCAGUGGCGGCGGGAGGGUCGAGGUGCGGCGCGUGACGGUCGGGAGCGACGCGGCGAGGGGAGAGGUGCGGCAGCUCGUCGUCGAGGGCGGAUGGUGGAAGGCGAGCCGGAUCCCGGGCGACGACCUCGUCGAGGGCGAUGCGGACAGGGUCGGCUGCCUGAUCAGCGAGGUCGUCGUUCCAGGCUUCUCGUUCGACGACCACGCCUUCCUGACGCGCUCGGGGCUCUUCGAGCUGUUCGGCGGCGACGAGUCGUCGCCCGAGGUACAGGAGUUCCUCCCUUUCGUCCAGGAGGACCAGGGCGUCAGCGGCCGGGCGCUCUCGUCGCACAGAUAGAUCGACCGUGCGAGUUGCAUUACUAGACAGACGUUGAACAGC